AGUGACUGUCAGUGUGUCGUACGACUCGUAGCAGCUAGAGCCGACUUUCCACCAUGGCGGCCUCGUGCGCUUUGCACCAUCCUCUAUCCUGCUCAUUGGCGACACUAGCAAAGCAUGAAUCGACCUUGCCUUCGACCUCACAGCAGUCGAGCUGUAUCAGUUUCUGCUGUGGCCAGAGCUUCUUAAAGGAGAGGCAUCUAAAGCGCUCUUCUGUUACACGGAACAUUGGUUCGGCAGCCAUCCAUCAGGGUGCUCUAAAGCAGCCCGCCCUCUCUUUUCAAUGGGGCUCUGCGCCAAAGUCCGUAAAGAAUUCUAGAAGAAUCAGCGUGCGAGCUAAUGCGGACAGCGAAACUGAUUCAGGCUCAGGAAAGGCACCUUUUGGUUACACAAGAAAAGAUGUGCUGGUCUUAGGGCUUGGGGUUAUCGUGGCCGGCUUUGCCCUCAAGUAUGGACUGGAGGCUGUAGGAGUGGACCCGCUGGUGGCGGGGAAUGUGAUCCAGAUUAGCUUUGUACUGGGAUUGAUGAUCCUGUGGGUCUUCAGCUAUGUUUUCCGAGUGGCCAACAAGGAGAUGACAUACGUGAAGCAACUGAAGUCCUAUGAGGAAGAGGUGAUGAAGAAGAGGUUGGAGGAGCUCCCGGAGGCCGAGUUGGAGAACAUGCUUGCUGCCGUUGAAGAGGAGAAGCGACGUUUGGAGGAGCGCCGAAAAACUGGGCAGCAACAAUAAGAGGCAGUUGCAAAGUCCUACUUGAUGUGAUGCUGGUCAAGCGUAAGCUUCUAUCGCAUCCAGCCUUGUCCAAUUGACAUCUUGCAACAGUUCAGAUUCGUUUAUAUAGCAAAGCAGUUCUAGAUGAACGAUUGUGGCCGGGGAGAGUUCGACUGCCGCAAGUUCUGACAUGCACUGGCAAGUUGAGAACGACACAUGUGAUGUGUCAGUGCCUGAUGGGCCGGCCUGUUCAAUGAACACCAUGCACGUACACCGCUGGCAAUUGACCAUCAUCCAC